UUUCAAACCGGAUUUGGUUGCUUGCCGCUCCCACCAUCACGACUUCCGCUCAUCUAUACUGGCCUUAAUUAUCUCGUCUGUACUAUAACCGCCGCAAUACAGCAAUAAUUCGGAUCUCCAGAAAAAGUAGCUCCGAACAUGCAGGUCGAUUUUCCUUACGAGAUCUCUCUGAUAGCCGAACUUCCAGGACACGAAGACCGCGCCUGGCACAUCGCCUGGAACCCCACCAAACCAAUCCUAGCAUCAUGUUCCAGCGACAAAACCGUCCGACUGUAUGACUACACAGCUACCAAAUUCACAUUCCUCACAUCAAUACCAACGGGACACACCAAGACCGUCCGCGCCAUCGCCUGGGCGCCAUCCGGCAACACACUCGCAACAGCAUCGUUCGACUCGAACGUCGGGAUAUGGGAGCGGGAAGACGGAGAAGAAUGGGAAUGCGUGAGUCUGCUAGAAGGACACGAAACAGAAUGCAAAAGUAUCGGGUACUCCUCUACAGGGACGCUCUUAGCGAGCUGUAGCCGGGACAAAUCCGUCUGGGUCUGGGAAGUCCAACCCGAAUCAGACUUCGAAUGCCUAGGCGUCAUAAUGGAACACUCCCAAGACGUCAAAUGCGUAGCAUGGCACCCCACCGAAGAGAUUCUCGCCUCUGGAUCAUACGACGACACCAUCAAGCUCUACGUGGACGACCCAGAAGAUGACUGGUUCUGCUGUACCACGCUUACCGGGCACAAAUCGACAGUCUGGGCGUUGGCGUGGUCUCCGAGUGGCCAGUACCUCGCCUCGGGGUCGGAUGAUAAGACGGUGAGGGUGUGGAAGCGGACGGGGCAGUUUGAGUUCAAGCAGGUGUUGGUCUUGGAGGGACACGAAAGGUCAGUGUAUUCUGUAUCGUGGGGAAAAGGAAUGGAAGCGGGAGCGGGAGCGGGAUGGCUUGCUAGUGCUGGUGGUGACGGGGUCAUACGCAUUUGGGAGAUUGAUGAAAAGUCGGGUGAUGGGCUCCUGGAACAUAGGAUGAUUGCAAAGCUGGAAUGUGCACACGAUGUGUACGAUCUGAAUGCCAUCGUCUGGUGUCCCAGAGCUGGUUUUGAGGAUAUGCUAGCUACAGCGGGUGAUGAUGGUGUUUGUAAGGUUACUGUCACAUUGAUGUCAUGCCCUAGUCUGCAAGCUGUUGCCGUUCUGUGUAAUAUCUGAGACCUCUUGACCGACUAUGAUGAAGUUUUGUCAG